ACUACUUUGUGAGUUGCUGAGAAGUUACGCAGAAACUCCUACAAUAUUGGCUGUUCAAAACUAUUGGGUCAUCCCUUUCAGUCUUUCAUUGUGUUCAUCUGAUCAUCUGAGGAAGAACUAGAGAGCUAGCUAUAUAUACAUGAAACAUGGCUUUGGCCUUGGUAGCUGAGUCCGCGGCAUCGGUCGUAAUCGAGAAGCUGAUCAGCACGGCCGUAUCCUACGUCGGGACGUGCGGCGCCAGGCCGAGCGCCAUGCAGGACGAGAUCCAGAGGCUUCAGCUGGCUUCUCUGCGGAUUCGAACGAUCUUGGCUGUCGUCGAGGGGGGGCAGACUGUCACUACGAAGCAAAACAACGUGCUGGACGCCUGGCUGUGGCAACUCAGAGACGCUGUCGAUCAGGCGGACGACGUGCACGACGAGAUGGAGUACUACGAGCUGAAGAAGGCAGCGCAAGCUGGAGAUAACAAGGUAAAACAAGGUUCUGCACUCAACUUAAAAAGGAAGUUUGCUGAUUUUGCUAACAAUAUCUUCGGAAAUGACGACGCCCUGACGAGGUUGAGGGAGGCCGUGAGGGAGGCCGUGAAGGCGUUAGAUAAUGUUGCUGCUAUAAGUGAAGUUUUACUUCAGCUUGUUUCGCAGCUAUACAAUUCGGAUGUUAAGCGUCAACAUGAAGAUGAGAUACGAAAUGCCCGUGAGACUAGCUCCUUCUUAACUGAGGAUACGAUUUGCGGUCGAGACACGGAGAAGGAAAGGAUAGUUGAAUGGUUAACAAAACCGACAAGCGAUGAGCCGGAGAAUGCUUCUGCAACUGUCGGAAAGGUCUCGGCUUUUGCGAUCGUUGGCAUGGGUGGGUUGGGAAAAACCACUCUCGCGCAGUUCAUCUGCCGCGAUGAAAAAGUGCGGGAGUUCUUCGACUUGGUUUUGUGGGUGUGUGUUUCCGAUCAAUUUGAUGUGGCGAAGUUGACGAAAAAGAUGUUGGAAGCAGCAGAGAUUGACGAGAAAGAUCUUCGCGACAAGAGCCUUAAUGCAAUUCAAGAGAUUCUUAAAAAGAAUCUGAUCUCCAAGAAGUUUCUUCUCGUGUUGGAUGAUGUUUGGAAUGAUGAUAAAAUACUUGAAUGGAAUAAAUUGGUGGCUCCUUUAAAAUGGGGAAAGAAAGGAAGCAAGAUUCUCUUGACAACGCGAAUGAAUUCAGUGGUGGAAAGAGUAGCCAAUGUUUUACAAUGUAAAAGAGAAUUUUUAAAAUUGAGUGGGUUAGAAAAAGUUAAUUUUAUGCAUCUUUUCAAUAUGCAUGCAUUUGCCGGAGCGAAUAUUGACAAUCAUGUAAACCUAAAAUUGAUUGGAGAGCAAAUAGCAGAGAAGCUUGGGGGAUGCCCGUUGGCAGCAAAAAUUUUGGGCGGAUGUUUGAACUCUUGCAUGGAUGAAAAAUACUGGAGAAGAAUUUUGAAUGAAAAUUUUCUAAAUUUGCAAGAAAGUGAGGACAACAUUAGGAUGAUUCUGAGAUUGAGCUAUCAUGAUCUGCCGACAAGCUUGCAAAUUUGCUUCAGAUACUGCAGUAUAUUUCCUAAGAAUCGUGAGUUUGAAAAGAAUGAACUUAUCAAUAUGUGGACAGGUUCUGGGUUAAUCAAGAAACCAAUGCAUGAAAGGCGAAGCUUAGAGGAUAUCGGAGAGGAGUAUUUAAACCAUCUAGCAAGAAAAUCCCUAUUUGAUAUCAAAAUAAUCAAGCAUGGUUAUGACCAUAAACAACAUUAUGUCAUGCAUGAUCUGUUGCAUGAUCUAGCUCAACUUGUCUCUUCAGGGGAAUGUUUGGGAGUUGAAGGUGACGGUUCCAGACAAAUUCCCAAAACAAUAUGCCACUUAUAUCUCAACAGGGUAAACCCUCAUAUGGUCUCCAAUCUCAAGAACUUGUGCACUCUUAUUAUUCAUUUAAAUAAGGAUUAUGUACUGGUAUUUAAUGAGGCUCUAAAAAAGUUAAAAAGCUUACGUUUACUGCAACUGACUGCAGAUAACUAUAAGUUUCUGAUUGAAGUUGGUAACCUCAUUCACCUCCGCUACCUCUCCCUCUCUUCAUCUCUUUCCAUGGGAAAUGAGGGAUCUAUUCUACCUCAAUCUAUGUGUAGACUCUAUCACCUAGAAGUAAUAAAGCUUCAGGGAAGGAUUGAAAUAGAUGAUUCGACACUGGAUAGAAUGAGCAAUCUUGUUAAAUUGAGGCUGCUACAUACUCCUAAUCAUAUGGACAAGAUUCCUUGGAUUGGCAAACUAACAUCACUCCAGGAGUUAGACAAUUUCCGUGUCCGUGAGGAGUGCGGCUAUAAGAUAGAUCAAUUAAAAAACCUGCAAAACCUCCGAAAACUAGGCAUUGGGGGUCUGGAAAAUAUAAGGAGUUCCGAAGAGGCUGCGGAGGCCAACUUGAUUGAGAAAAAAAAUCUUGAUAAAUUGUCACUCGUUUGGUCUACGAAUCGCUCUGGUGGUCUAGAGGUAGAUGAGCCACUUCUUGAUAAUUUAAGACCGCAUACCAAUCUCAAGGAACUAGGAAUUGUAGAAUAUGCCGGAGUUAGAUCUCCAUGUUGGAUGACGGCGACAUCUCUUUCUAAUGUAACGGAUAUCAAACUACGGUUCUGUAAGAGAUGCGAGGACCUCCCAACUCUUGGGCAACUUCGUUCGCUCAAGUUCCUUAAUUUACAUAGCAUGAAGGCUGUGAAGAAAUUAUUAUGGUGCUCAACAAGUGUUGGCAGUUGCGCCUUCCCAUCACUACAGGAGCUACGAUUGUCUGACAUGCGAAACUUGGAGUCGUUCGAAGGCGAGCACAUGUUUCCUCUGCUUAAAAAAUUGGAAAUAGAUGUUUGUCCUAGCUUGAAGAGUUUGCCUGCUUUGCCUCUCACUCUAAAUGAACUGAGGAUUUUUAUGGUCGGAUUGACUUCUCUUCCGACGAUGCAACAAGAUUGCAGUAGCGACAAAGGACGAGCAUCGUGCUCAUCAUCGUCGCAUCCGGCACUUUCUCACCUAAGCAUUUGUGAGUGCCCAAACCUCACAUCUCUAGAUGGAUUCAUGUUACAGCAACAAUAUUUUCCAGCCUUCAAGUGUUUAUUCACUAGACGUUGUGAAAAUCUAAGGCAUUUGCCGGGAAAAUUCUUCCAAAAACUUCCCUCCCUCGAGGAGUUGCUUAUAGGACUGUGCCCCAAUCUCAUGGCGCACGGGAUUCCAGACAAUCGAUUUCCCGAGACACUAGAAAGGCUCACCCUUGAAUCAAACGGCGAUCUCGAAUUUUCCCUACUCGAGGAGUCAUUGCCAAAACUGACCGCUCUGCAGUACUUGGCCAUUGAUGGAUGUGCAAGCAUGACGUCCCUUCCUCCGGCGGAACUUUUUCCACAGUUGUCGGAACUCCACAUCUCGAACUGUAAAGAACUGUCGUCACUGGAUGGGCUACAAGCUCUCCCCUCGCUCAAUUACUUGUACAUUGAAGGAUGCGACAAGCUCAUCGAACUUUCACUGUUGCAACCACCAUUAGGCCUCACCAGUACCAGUCCCACAGGUAUGGAGCUUGUUAUUCUUGAAAUCGACCGGCAAGCUCUGUUGCGCGUCGAACCAUUGAGAAACCUCAACAACUCUGUUACCGAGUUAAGAAUAAUUGAUGGUACCGAACUCACAUCCCUCGACGACCAAGGGCUGUUGCAAAACCGAAACUCCCUCCGGAGCUUUGCAAUUAUUAAGGCCUCGUCUCUUGAAUCCUUACCAACCAGUAUGAUGGAUCUUCAAGCCCUGUGUGAAUUGUUUAUAGAUGAUGCUCCUUUGCUUCGGACGAUUCCGGAACUGCCCACCUCAAUGGAAUAUCUAUCAAUUACCGGCUGUAGCGCCGAAUUGAAGGAGUACAUUGAAGGCUCUGGAAAAUUCGCCAAUAUUCCUCGUGUGGAGGUUACUUAAAAAUCUCCUUCAGAAAAAGAUCGACUUCUGGAAAUGGUGCUCCAAAAUCGUCGGGGGCACCUGUCUUGUCAACUGGAAAGCCAUCUGCAAAAGCAAGAGAGAUGGCGGACUAGGCAUCAAGGACAUGGAAUCGAUGAACACGGCUCUCUUGACUAAAUGGUGAUGGCGCUUCUUUAACGAGCCAAACUUGUACUGGUACAAAUUGAUCAGAUCUCUCUACUAUGCCAGAACAGAACAGCUUGAGCUUAAUUUGUCUUCAAAUUAGGAGCUCGAUCAAAUUUAUAAUCAAGUGGAGCUGAUUGCAGAACAGAAAAUAUGAAAGCAUCGGCGGAUUUCUGCUUCGACAAAGUUCACCUUUCAUGUUGUAAUUGCUUGAUGAAGUUCAAAGUAGUUCAUUAUUACGUUUUAUAUAUUUAUUUUUCCCUUAAGUUCCGUUACUGUGAUUUUCUGGUACUAUGUUUGAUAGCAGAUUUAUUAACUUGCUUUCUUCUGCAGUUGGCUUUAGUGGACAAAGCAUGAAGGAGCUCUUUCUGUAUCAUUGCUAGCUAUUUCUACUGUUGUUUGUUCGCGCUUGUUGUUGCUACUAUAAUUACUACUUUUUUAUUUUUUAAUGCAGUGGAACUGAUUUGUAAGUUGUAAUACAACACAGAAAAACCCAAGGAUCUAGACAGUUUUUUCCAAGCGAAGUCGUGCUGUAUUGUAAAUUUGGUCACUUUGAUUUACAAUAAAUGUAAA